AUCGGGUGUACACAAAAAUUUUCAUAAUUUUAUAAUUAGCCUUUUCAUGCAUCUAUAUAUACUCUAGUAACUCUACUCUAUAGAUUCGAUUCCUUACAAAUAAUAUUAGCGCCUCUCUCCUAUUCUUUAGUGAGGUAAAGUGCAAAUAAUGGAGAAAAGGAUGGUUUCAAACUUGCCUAGUUUGCCUGAAAGUUACAUAAUUCCUCCUGAAAAAAGACCUGGAAAUAUUUCUUAUCCUAUAUGCAAGAUUCCAGUUAUUGAUCUAUCUAAAACAAAAGGUGUUGAUCGACCAAAAAUUAUCGAUCAAAUUAUUCAGGCUUCUAAAAAGUUUGGUUUCUUCCAGGUGAUUAACCAUGGAGUUGCGAUAGAAGUAAUGGAAGACGCGAUGAAAGUGUUUAAGGAGUUCUUUGAAUUGCCCUUCGAGAAGAAAUCUCACUUAUAUACUCAUGAUGAAAAUGUGAAGUGCAAGCUUUAUACAAGUAGUUAUAAUUAUGAAAAUGAAGAAAUUCACUAUUGGAGGGAUUGCUUGAUACAUGAUUGUGCUCCUUUGAAGGAAAGCUUUGAUCUUUGGCCUCGAAACCCUCCUAGAUACAGGGAGGUGGUAGGGGAGUAUUUGAGUCAAGUGGGAAAGCUAGGAUCAAGAAUUCUAGACCUAAUAAGUGAAGGAUUAGGGCUUGAAUCUGAUUUUUUUGCUCAUGGUUAUAACGAGGACUUCUUCCUUACCGUGAACCAUUAUCCACCUUGCCCCGAUCCAAGUUUCACAUUAGGGUUACCAAAGCAUUGUGAUCCAAAUGUAAUAACUUUGCUUCUUCAAGAUAUUGUUCCUGGCCUUCAAGUUCGUGUUGACAACGAAUGGCAACUCGUUCAGCCUCGUCCAAAUGCUUUUGUGGUUAACAUUGCCCACCAAAUGCAGGUUAUAAGUAAUGGGAAGCUAAAAGGAGCAGAACAUAGAGUUGUGACAAAUACAGAAAAAUCUAGGACAACUGCAUCAUACUUCGUUGUGCCAUCAAAGGAUUGCAUCCUUGAACCUGCUAAAGCUCUUACUCAAAAUGAUCCACCACUCUAUAAACAAUUUCGAUACGCCGAAUUUAUGGAGACUUACAAAGCUCUUAGUACUCAAGAGCCUGAAAAUCUUUUGGAGCCUUACAAGUUUAAAAAAGAGGUGAUUGUGAUCAACCAUGGAGUUGCAAAAGAAGUAAUGGAAGAUGCUAUGAAGGUGUUUAGGGAAUUUUUUGAGUUACCUUUUGAGGAGAAAUCACAUUUAUAUUCUGAGGAAAGUAAUGUGAAAUGCAGACUUUAUACAAGCAGUUUUGACUACGCAAAUGAAGAAAUUCACUAUUGGAGAGACUGCUUGAAACAUAAUUGUGCUCCUUUAGAAGACUGUAUUGAUUCUUGGCCCCGAAACCCUCCUAGAUACAGGGAGGUGGUUGCGAAAUAUUCUACUCAAGUGCGAGAGCUAGGGUUGAGACUUCUAGACCUAAUAUGUGAAGGUUUAGAGCUAGAAUCUGGAUUUUUUGGAAAUGGUUAUGAUGAGAAUUCUUUUGUGUCAGUGAACCAUUAUCCACCAUGUCCUGAUCCAAGGUUAACUUUAGGGUUACCAAAGCAUUGUGAUCCAAAUGUAAUAACACUUCUUCUUCAAGACACUAUUCCUGGCCUUCAAGUUUGUGUUGACAACAAAUGGCUCCUUGUUAAGCCUUGUCCGGAUGCAUUUGUGGUUAACAUGGGCUACCAAAUGCAGAUUAUUAGUAAUGGAAAGCUGAAAAGUGCAGAACAUAGAGUGGUGACAAAUACACAAAAGGCAAGAACAACUGCAGCAUACUUCAUUUUACCAUCAAAGAAUUGCAUCAUUCAACCUGCUAAAGCUCUUGUUAAAAUGGGUGAUUCACCACUUUAUAAGCAAUUUCAAUAUGCUGAGUUUAUUGAGACUUUUAAAGCUCAUAGUACUUGGGAACCUGCUAAAGUUUUGGAGCUUUUCGAAAAUCAACAAAUGGCGGAGAAUUUUGUUUCUAGCUGGUCAGAUGGCACAACAUUGCCUGAAAGUUACGUGUUUCCGCCGGAGAAAAGGCCGGGAAAGCAAGUUGUUCCGACGUCUAGCAAUGUUCCGGUUAUUGAUCUAGGCAAAGGCGAAGGAGAGAAUCGUAAAGAAACAAUUCAAAAAAUCAUAGAGGCUAGUAAUGAGUUCGGAUUCUUUCAGGUGAUUAAUCAUGGAGUAUCGAGAAAAGUGGUUGAUGAGACUAGAGAAAUUUUUAAGGAAUUUUUUGAGCUUCCAAAGGAGGAAAUAUCGAAAUUUUAUUCAUCGGAUAUUAGUAAGAAAUGCAUAGUUAACACAAGCAAUAUUGAUUUUGAUAAAGAAGAUAUUCACAAUUGGCGUGAUUCUGUAAGGCUCUUGUGUACUCCUUUAGAAGAAUGUAUCAAAUCUUGGCCCGAAAAACCUUCCAGAUGCAGGAAGGUUGUUGGGGAGUAUGUACGCGAAGUUGGGAAGCUAGGAUCGGGAUUAUUGGAGCUCAUAAGCGAAGGACUAGGGCUCGAACCGGGGUGCUUUGCUAACGAAUUGAGUGCGAAUCAUGUUAUGGCUGUUCACCAUUAUCCACCAUGCCCUGAUCCUAGCUUAACAUUGGGAACCAGAAAACAUAGUGAUCCUGGCCUUAUUACUUUCGUUCUUCAAGGGAAUGUCCCAGGACUUCAAGUAUUGAAGGAUGGCAAAUGGAUUGGUGUCGAAGCAAUUCCUAAUGCAUUUGUUGUCAACAUUGGAUACAGAUUGUUAGCAAUGGAAAGCUGCGUAGCGCGGAGCAUCGAGCAGUAACAAACAAAGAUGAUGAACGAUUUACAGUCGUGUCGUUCAUCGAGCCAACACGAGACUGCAUUGUAGAACCUGCUAAAGCUCUUGUUG